AGUGUUGGAGGAUUUACUGAACUAUCCUAGUUAGUAAUUGUCAUUUAUUUCAUAUUGAUUUCAUUGAUUGAAAACCAUCAUCUAGCUCCAUUCCAUUCCAUUCAAUUCAAUUAUUAUACAACAUGUCAAAUACAGGGACUACUACCAAUGAAUUAACGUUUUUAAAUAAGACGGUGACUGUAUCACCAUUGGUUCUAUUGUCCGUGGUUGAUCAUUUCAAUCGAGUCGCCAAAGAUUCCAAGAAAAGAGUGGUUGGUGUGAUAUUAGGAGAUAAUUCAAGUGAUAUUAUAAAAGUAACCAAUUCAUAUGCUAUACCUUUUGAAGAAGAUGAAAAAAAUUCAAAUGUAUGGUUUUUAGAUCAUAAUUUUAUAGAUUCAAUGGGUGAAAUGUUUAAAAAGAUUAAUGCUAAAGAAAGAUUAAUUGGAUGGUAUCAUUCCGGUCCUAAAUUAAAACCAUCUGAUUUAAAGAUUAAUGAAGUUUUCAAAAAAUAUACUUCGAAUCCUUUAUUACUUAUUGUUGAUGUCCAACCAAGAGAAGUUGGUAUACCAACAGAUGCAUAUUACGCGGUUGAUGAUAUUAAAAAUGAUGGUUCAGCUGCUGAAAAGACAUUUGUUCAUGUUCCUUCUCUUAUUGAAGCUGAAGAAGCUGAAGAAAUUGGUGUUGAACAUUUAUUAAGAGAUAUAAGAGAUCAAGCAGCUGGUAAUUUAUCAUUAAAAGUAAGUCAAACUUAUCAAUCUUUAUUAGGAUUACAUCAAAAGUUAAGAGAAAUUGCCAAUUAUUUGGAUAAAGUAUAUUCCAAAAAUUUACCUAUUAAUCAUACUAUUUUAGGUAAAUUACAAAAUGUAUUUAAUCUUUUACCAAGUUUAGGAGGAGCUGAUGAUUCAAAAUUAUUAUUUAAUAAUUCCAAUUCCGUCAAACCUGAAAACUCAUCCAAUCCAUUAUCCACUGCAUUCACAGUUAAAACCAAUGAUCAAUUGAUGAUUGUGUAUAUUAGUACCUUAGUCAGAGCAAUUAUUGCAUUCCAUGAUUUAAUCGAAAACAAAUUAGAAAAUAAAAAAUUAAAUGAAAAGAAUAAUGCCGAUCUUGACCCUGAAUUAGAUGGUGUUAAUGGAUCAAUUUCUAAUUUAAGCAAUGAAGAAAAAGGUGAAGGUGUCUCUGAAGAUAGUAAAUAAAGUCUUUAAUAUAUAUAAUAAUGAUUUAGAUAAAAUUUGUUGUAUGAUCAAUAUCAGCUACCUAAUAGGAUUAAUUUUCUAGGGGUCGUGUAUUUAGGGUCAAAUAUCUGAAAGGUAAAAAAAUAUCUGGAAGAUGUUUUUUUCUGAGUGUAACCUACGAAAAUCAUCAUAUAAGGUGGUGGUUUGAUUUUUUUGAAAUCAAGGUUUAAUAAUAUUUAAUAUAUUGUAUCAAGCAAGCUUAGGAGUUAUAUAAUUGUCCAUAGCAAUGACAACUCGGAUACUACGUAUUCCUAGUUUGAAUACGGCUAGCAAUUUCAAUUUCUUUUUCCAAAAUACGAAGAAGAAUAUAUUAAUAAAACAAAGCUUUAUAGGAAAUCAAU